UUUCAUCCUCCUCUGAAUCUCAGUGAGAGCAAAGUGUGACAAGCAAACAUGCUGCUGCUGGUAGCGCUUGUGGCCACAGCCUCUUGGUCUUAUGGAUUUGCACAGGAAAUUCCCAUGCAGAGUCCUAUAUCUAUCACGAAGUUCCAAAAAAGUGCACGGAUGACAUGUGAAAUUCAAACAUUACAGGAAAAUUUUGAUGACACUGUCAUACACUGGUAUAAGCAGAAGGAGGGUGAAGCUCCACAGAGGCUUCUGUUUGUUUCAGGAGGCAAAGCUACCAUUGAAAGCGGCUUUCAAACAAACAGAUACUUGGUUGAAAGAAGUUCUGUCCAGAAGCAGUGUUUUCUUACAAUAAAAGAUGUAAUUCCAGGUGAUGCUGCUACUUACUACUGUGCCUACUGGGAUCCUCGGAUCAAAUACUUUGGCACGGGAACAAAGCUAAUUGUCUCUGAAAAAGGAAGUUCUCCCCCAGCAAACUCUGAAAUCCUGCAGAAAAAACAUGAAAAUCAGAUAACGUAUGUUUGCCUUAUUGAGAAAUUCUACCCAGAAGUUAUUAGGGUGACAUGGACUGAAGACAAAAAGGAGGUAACAGACAACGUAGUAAAAGGUGACACUUGGCUGUCCACAAAAGAGGAUGAAUACUCAAUUGCCAGUUGGUUAACUGUGCCAGCAGAGAAUGAGGACAAGAAGUACUACUGCAAAUAUGAGCAUGAAAAGGAAAAGGCUUCACUGUCAACACAAGUAAAUUCUGUGAAGACUGCUCCUCAGGAAGAGGACUGCAGAACAGUUUUCAAUAAAGAUCAGUUAAUGCACAGGACAGCAUAUUUAAUAUAUAUCAUCCUUCUUCUGAAGAGCUCCAUGUACUAUCUUAUCAUACUCUUCUUCAUCUACAGAGUGUGGGCUUCAACCAAGCACCAAGGAAAGAGAGCAUAAAUGCUGUUUUGAGAAAGGGCUACAAAUUGAUCUUCAAUUUACUUUGCCGUAUGCUUAUCCAUAUAGACUCCCCUGCUCUUGGUGUUAGAUGUAACAGAAAAAAAAAAAUCCAAAAUAAUUUUCUGGUAUUAGUGCAUAAAAGCUCAUUUUGCUCUACUGCUAGUGUUUUUAUAUCAGGCUAGUUUUCCUAAUUUUUUUCUGAAUAUUGAAUAAAGAUAGGCAAUAAGAAUAAUGCAUUUUAAUUCAAGUCUGUAUUGCAAAAUUAAGAAGGUAGCCAUGUCAAAAGUAGAUAUGCAUCAGAAGCUUAGGGGUAAAACAGGGCUUUUGACAUCUAAAGCACAGAUGUGUUUUGUCACUGCAUUUAAGGCUUUAUUAGGAGCAUUCCAGUGCAGGAAAUUCACAGGUUCGGUUCAUUUUUACUUUCAGUGAUUUGUUGCAACUCUCAUGUAUCCAACAAAUCAGGAAUUAAUUUUUCUGUGUUGGGGUGCUUUAAGAGAAAAUUAAACAAAACUUUAAAAAGUGAACAGAAGAAUUUUGAAUGAAGAAAUCAGAUGAGAAUAAAAGUGAUUCUAAGGUGCAGAUGUGCAGAAAUUGAAGAAAUCCACCAGUGCUGUGACAUGGUCCAAAAAUCUGCACAUUGUAAUUUAAUAAAAAAGAAAACAAUCACAAUGGUCUUGAACAUCACCUUAUUUAAGGACACCUUUUAAAACUGAGCAAAACUGCAAAUGUGAAGCUCUGAUAAAAUAUUUUCACAAAGGAAGAUAAAUUCUCAGAGACUUUGAACUCUUAAUCUCCCAGUUCCACAAAUCAAUUCAUUUCAAAUUUAUGUGGAAAAGUAGGAAGUGGACAUAUUGGGAUAAAUCACUUGCUUGGUUUUGGGCAAAACUCUGCCCUAGGUUUUGGAGAAAUGCCCCUGCAGCAUUUACAUUUACAUUUACUGUGUCUGUAAUGAUGGUGGCAAUAAAA